UUAACGUGCACUCAUUUAGUUCUGUGAAAUCAACAAAUAUGAUUUAAGCAAAAAUAAAACGCUAAUAAUCCUAAGUUUUGAAUUAAAUAUCGCCUCGUAAGUUGAUUUCUAUUAUGCGUUUAAGAUCUUUUAAAUCAUUUCCAUUUUUAAUCAUUCUAAUCAUAAUAAAAAUAUUAACAUUUUACUACGCUUCUCGUUUAUUUUCUGGCCUAAUACAAACAAAUAUCGAAGAUAAACUGAUGCUACCACCAGCUUCGAAGUCGCCUAAAAAGCAUUUGAGUGAAUUAGUUACAGUUAUAAUAAGAGACUUUGAAUUACACGAAAAUGAUGUGACUCUAACCUCUUAUUCAUUUAUAAAUACUUUUGCAACUAUGCACGUAGUUAUAAUGUACGACGAGCUUCCGUACCCUCCUUUAGAUAUUACUUUAACAAAUAAUACACUUCCGUAUAUUAAAUUUGUAAAGCUGUCUCCUGAGCUAAAAACUAGCUACAUAGACCAAUAUUCUGUUAGCGACAUAAGGUCUAAAUAUGUACUGUUUGUUCCUGAUUCGACGAGAAUUACAUCAAGGCAGAGUCUACAAAGUAUGGUUAAUGCCAUUGUGAAAUUUCCAAGAAGUAUUGUUGUUGCUGCUGUUAAAAAUAAUAAAAACACAUUGCAAUGUUUAAGAAUGAAUAUUAAUAUUCGGGAAUGGACAUUAAAGUAUGAUUUGAUGAAAAGUAUGGUUUGUGACGCCGUGUCCGGAAAACACGUUAUUUUGUUGGAAACUACAACUUUAAGGAUGUUAUCUAACGCUUUUUUAAUGCCAUUCCCACAUUCUCUUUAUCUUCAAACAGCAGCUUUAAAGAUAAAGGUAAACAUAAUCAAAGGUGCAUUUUUUCAUGAAGGCAAGCCUAUAUUUCGAUCUCAUCAUGCCCAGUGGAGGCAGAAUCAAGUACAAGCAGAACGGUUAAAACAACUAUAUAAUACCUUUAAAAUCAAACAAGUUGUUAGAGAAACAGGAAUAACUGAGUGGUAUGGUUGUACCAAGGAAACAUCUAGAUGUUUUGGAACAAUCUUGGAUUCCAUGCCUUCUUACUUAUAUGAAAAAAAGUGGACGCCACCUUGUUGUUUAUCGAAUUUGCGAAAAACUGCAAAACAUUUAUUCAGUGUUUUGGAUGAAACUGGUAUCCGCUACUGGUUAGAAGCUGGAAGUUUAUUGGGAGCAAUGAGAAACGGGGAUAUACUACCGUGGGACCAUGACGUUGAUGUGGGAUUCAUAAGAGAAGAUCAAGACAGAUGUUCUUGGUUGAAAAUGGCCAAAACAAAACCUGUAAUCGAUUCGAAAGGGUUUCUGUGGGAAAAAGCUACUGAAGGUAAUUUCUACAGAGUACAUUUUAGCAAAACUAAUAGAAUAUUUGUCAACCUAUUUCCUUUCUAUUCAAAAAACGGCACUAUGAGUAAAGAUUCUUGGUAUACUAGUCAUAAAAAUAUGGAGUUUCCUGAACAUUUUUUGCACCCAAUGUCUAGUAUUGAUUUCAUUGGGAGAACUGUACCGAGUCCUAAUAAUAUUAGAGAUUUUUUGGAAUUAAAGUUUGGUAAAGGUUCCAUAGAAACACCGGAAUAUCCAAAUCCGAGAAAACUGAAGUUUCCCUGAGUUUUCAAAUAAUCAAAUAAUAAGAGAAAUAUUUCUUCCUUUAUAAUUACUUCAAGUAUGCCAAAUUCUGUGUAAGAUUGAACCACUUCCAGUCUUCUUGUCUGAAUAUCAUUUAUGCUCGAAAUAAGUGAAAUAGUUACAAGUCCAAAUAUUUCUAAUGAUUUCUAAUAAAGUAUAACAGAGAGGGUGUUUGAUACAGAAAUAAUUAUAUCAUACUCUCCAUCGCUAUAUCUUUAAAUCAUCUCAUAAUCCUUAGCAGUUGGUCUGAUCGAGUUUCCAAAUAAAAAUAUUUUUUUGAUCUUCAAUAAAAACGUAGUCAAAGUAGUGAUUUCUAUUAGUGAUACUGUUAUUUGCUCUGAUAUUGUAAUAACGAAUUUUAUAAUACUUAAUGUCGCAGAUGCCAAAUAUUCAAAGUUCCACUUUCUUCGUGUAAUUUGUAAUACAAAAGUAAUCUCCAAAAACUAAGCAUUGUCAAAAAAUAUUGAAACCAAAAAUAACGUUUUGUUAGUGCAUUAAUUUUGGAGGUUAUUUUAUAUUUAGAUAUAACGUAAAUAAAAACAAGGUGUUUUAACACAGCUAUUUGUUUCUUAUGAUUUUUAUUUACAAAACAUAACAGCUGGUUUGCAUGGUUGCCUUGUUGUAAUUUUUUUCCAACUGUUACCACAAAAUUAUGACAUUGGUUACAAUCAAGUGAACCAAUUGUUCAAGUUUGAAACCUUGAAUUUGAAUUUUUAACGUAACGUUCGGUACUCUCUUCUUGGUGGUUAAUUAUGAUAGAAAAUUUUGUCACGAUUGCAACACAAACGAAAUUCAAAACACAAUUAUGACAAUAAAUCUGACAACAUCGAAGAUCGAUGUCAUAUGGCUGCCAACGUUCAGGAUAUAAUAUUCCCUGAUACACGAGAAAUUAUCUCAUGUACACUUUGGGUUUUUAGAUUUUGUACAAUUGCAAUAAUUGUUACAAUAAAUGUACGUGAGAGUCUAGAAAAAUUAGGAAUUACCGAAGAGUAGUAGUUGGUGUUAGUGGAAUAAAAUAUAAUUUUUUUAUAAUCUUUUUAUUUGCAGAGAGAAACGUUUCACAAAUAUUUUGUAAUCAGAGAAAAACCUCAACCCAACCAUCCCCCUCAGUCAGUUUUUUAUUGGGUUCUGAAACGAUAAGAAGAUCCGCUUCGAGUUGUGCAGCUUUAGCGUGGGUCAGGUCAUGUGAUAGUUUGGCCCUUCCCACGUUAAUCUGCAAAACCCUGAUACCGGUGUUGCUAGAGGUAAAAAGAAGUAAAAACAUAAAUAAUAGGAAAGUUAUGCUGAUAUAAUCUUAAUAAAACACAGUUUAUGGUGUGUAUUAAAAAUUCAAAAUUACCCGAAGCGUUGUACUCAUUUUCGCUUUCAUAUGGUUAAAUGAGUUUACAGGGGGCUUUCCAAAAGUACUUUCACAAUAUCUUACCGCUCGUUUUGUUUCAUAGAGUUAAUAUUAAAGAUAGAGAGAUCGAAGUAUGAUAGCUUGUUCAAGUGCCUCUCUCUCCAUUUUUGAAUAUCAACUCUCUUUCGUUUGCUGUAAAACACCUUGUGUAUGUCGAAUCUAUUUUCUUUAAAUAUCUACGAACAUUGUGCCAAAGAUAUUUCUAUAGAUGUAAAAUUAUUAUGCGUUAAAAUAAUGUAGAAUUUUAUUUAUUGUUAUAAUAAAAUUUUUGA